CGAUUGACACUUGCAAUGCCUCGAACCAACAUUAUCAUGAUGCAACAUGAAUCAACCCUAUCACUAAUAAUCUUACAACUACUUCUACUUUUGUCAUGCCUAACAUUGGAAAACUAUGCAAAAUCAACCACCAUCAUCAAUGUAUGGCCAAAACCAAGGAACCUCACAUGGUCCCCACCAUACCAAGCCACCCUUCUUUCUCCCACAUUCACUAUCACCACCACUAACCACCACAACAAGCACCUCUCCGCCGCCAUCAGCCGCUACCAAAGCCUCGUCAAAUUGGAGCACCACCACCCCCUAGUCCCCCAUGGAGUGAACAUCUCCAAGGACCUCCCACCACUGCAGUCUUUGACUAUUACAGUGGUGGAUCCUCAUGCAGGACUCGUCCACAGCGUGGACGAGUCCUACACUUUAUCCAUCCUCUCUUUCUCGGCCACCCUCACUGCAGAGACUGCAUGGGGUGCCAUGCGAGGCUUGGAGACAUUCUCCCAACUCGCAUGGGGUAAUCCCACGCAGAUUGCAGUGGGGGUGCACGUGUGGGAUUCUCCCCACUACCCCCACCGUGGUAUCGUGGUGGACACAGCAAGGAACUAUUACCCUGUGAAGGAUUUGCUGAGGACAGUGGAAGCCAUGAGCAUGAACAAGCUCAACGUGUUCCACUGGCACAUCACUGACGCAGAAUCUUUCCCUUUGAUAUUGCCUUCUGAACCUGCCUUGGCUGAAAAGGGGGCUUAUGCCUCUCACAUGGUGUAUUCACCCGAGGAUGUUAAAAGAGUUGUGGAAUUUGGACUUGAUCAUGGGGUUCGUGUAAUUCCCGAGAUUGAUACACCUGCUCACACAGGAUCUUGGGCAUUAGCCUACCCUGACAUUGUAACUUGUGCCAACAUGUUCUGGUGGCCAGCUGAUAGUGAUUGGCCUGAUAGAGUUGCUUCACAACCAGGAUCAGGACACUUGAACCCCUUAAACCCCAAGACAUACCAAGUCCUAAACAAUGUCAUACACGAUAUAACCACAUUGUUCCCAGAACAAUUCUACCACUCAGGUGCUGAUGAGGUUAUACCAGGUUGCUGGAAAACCGAUCCCACAAUUCAGAAGUAUCUAUCAAACGGUGGAACCCUCAACCAAGUCCUUGAGAAGUUCAUCAACAACACUCUCCCUCUCAUUGUGUCCCUCAACCGCACCGCUGUGUAUUGGGAAGAUGUCUUGCUAGAUGACACAGUCCAUGUUCCAUCCACAAUGCUCCCCAAGGAGCAUGUGAUUCUGCAGACAUGGAACAAUGGACACAGCAACACCAAGAAGAUAGUUUCUUCCGGGUACAGAGCCAUUGUGUCAUCAGCAGAAUUCUACUACCUGGAUUGUGGACAUGGCACCUAUGUUGGGAACAACAGUGCCUAUGACAACCAAAAUGGGGAUGACACAGGCAACGGUGGCUCUUGGUGUGCACCCUUUAAGACAUGGCAGACCAUAUACAACUAUGAUAUAGCAUAUGGGUUGAGUGAGGAGGAAGCAAAGUUGGUUUUGGGUGGGGAGGUAGCACUGUGGUCAGAACAAGCUGAUUCAACUGUUUUGGAUGCAAGGAUUUGGCCUAGCAGUUGUGCAUUGGCUGAGGCACUGUGGUCAGGGAAUAGGGAUGAGAAGGGUAGGAAGAGAUAUGCUGAGGCCACUGAUAGGUUGAAUGAAUGGAGAAGCAGAAUGGUAAGCAGAGGAAUAGGGGCUGAGCCUAUUCAGCCACUUUGGUGUGUUAAGAACCCUGGCAUGUGUAACACUGUUCAUCCUGUCUAGUUGCAUUCUUACUAUGUAAAACAAAAAUAAGGAUAAAUUAAAAAAAAAAAAGCUUAAAUAUAUU